GUGAAGGAGAAAAACAAGAGACAAGCUUCUGUCUCGGCUCUGUGUCACCAAUCAUUGGUAAUUGGCAUCAUUCGAGCUCCACAGUUCACCAACCAAGCGCUUUCCCAGAGGGCCAUUGGGCCGAAAUCAUUCCCCAUAAACUCCGCAACGCUGAGAAACCUCUCGUCCGAGGGAGCCGACGUCACAUUGAGAAUGUUUUUGUCCCAAAUCCUCUCCUUUCCAACAUCUUUGCCUGCCUCCCCUCACCCCCUCAAAUACCUUCCCGGGGGAGGAAUGUGGCAGGUUUCGUGCCGGUGAAUCCUCGUCUCUGACUGGACUCCACACCUCAGCCAGAUUUUAAUCAGCCAGGUCAUGAUUGCAGCUUUUGCACAACAUGUCACAGGCUCCCUACGAUUCGGACGAGCGUUAUCAUGUAGCCAACAAUGGUGCUGCCGAUCGCCCCUCUCACUCGAGGAGCGUGACAGACGAUGACAGCAAUAUCCCCGAAUCCGGAGCACGGGUCGCCGCCCGCCUCGGCCGUCCAGCCGACCAAGGCGAUGCCCUUGAUACUGCUCUUCACCCUGAACAAUACGAGGCCAGGGAGGAUAUACAGCUGCUGAAUAUGCUGCCGGACGAACAAGCCCAGCCUGACUCUUACCAGUCACAGCUGCAAAGUAAUCUGGUUUCACAAGCUCAAACUAUGGUUCGAAAGCUAGGUGUGGGCGGGAAGCUCUCGGAGGACUCCUUCGAGUCAAACGACCGUGGCGCGGAUCGAGGCGUGUUCUCAUACCUUCUGCAGCACCAAAUGGGCCAUCGUCGAAAUAUCAGCCAAAGCAGCAUAUCCACAUACACGUCCCAAGACGAGUCUUCUCCGCCAGCGAACAACAAGAAGCGCCGAAAGCAAAAGUGGUAUGAGGAUGAGGAAGGGGAUCGGUCGAAGGGCAAACGGCCUGCAAAGCAGGUCCGGCUGACCAAGCAUAUCGCGGCGAUUCUAACUCGUCAACGAUACAUCAUGCUUCUAUGUCGGGCAAUGAUGAAAUAUGGCGCCCCGACCCAUCGAUUGGAAGAGUACAUGCGGAUGACGGCCAAUGUGCUUGAUAUCCCAGGCCAGUUCAUGUAUCUCCCUGGGUGCAUGAUAGUCUCUUUCGAUGAUUCUCUCACUAGGACUGCGGAGGUCCACAUGAUUUCCGUCGUGCAAGGCUUAGACCUGGGGCGGUUGGCGCACACGCAUAAUAUCUAUAAGAACGUGGUACAUGACCGGAUCAGCGUCGAACAUGCGAUUGGCGACCUCAAUCAGCUGAUGGAGCGCAAAAGUCGCUACCAUACGGCUUGGAGCUUGGUGUUCCUGUCAGGCUUAGCCAGCGUUGCUGUGGGGCCCUGGGCAUUUAACGCGCGGCCUAUCGAUAUGCCAAUUAUCUUUGUCCUCGGUUGCCUCCUCGGGUUUAUGCAAAACGUGCUCGCCCCAGCAUCCCCUGUCUAUUCCAACGUCUUUGAGGUGUCCGUUGCCAUCCUAAUGUCAUUCUUAGGCCGUGCGUUCGGCAGCAUUCGAGUUGGGGGAACCCCUGUGUUUUGCUUUUCCGCAAUGACCCAGUCCUCAAUCGCGCUGAUACUCCCCGGAUUUUCUGUCCUAUGCAGUAGUCUGGAGUUGCAGUCCCAUCAGAUCGUGGCCGGUUCGAUACGCUUAGUGUAUACAAUCAUCUACUCCCUGUUCCUGGGGUAUGGAAUCACGGUAGGCAUCACGAUCUACGGCAUCCUCGACAAGAAUGCGACGGUUGAGACUUCAUGCCCAUCGGAAAGUCUCGCGAUCUACGGUAACGAAUAUAUCCAGCACUUUGUCUUCGUGGCGAUUUAUUGUGCAAUCGCGGCGGUGCUCAACCAGGCGAGGUGGAAACAACUCCCGGUCACGGUAUUCCUAGGCGUGAGCGGGUACAUUGCUAACUAUUUCAGUCAGGCCUUGGAUAGCAGACUGGCCAGCACGAUUUCUGCAUUUGCCAUUGGGCUGCUGGCUAACCUGUACUCUCGGCUGUGGCAUGGGCAUGCAGCGGCAGCCAUUGUUCCCGGCAUGUUUACCUUGGUUUCGUCCGGUCUCGCGACGAGUGGAUCGAUCAUGUCGGGGCUGGCUUAUGCCGAGUCGGUCAAGAAUAAUACUGUGAGUGACAGUGCUAGCACCCUCGCAGCCGUGCAGCAGUCGUUGUAUGGUCUAGGUUACAGCAUGGUCCAGACAGCGCUAGGAAUUACAGUUGGUUUGUUCUUCUCCGCGUUGGUGGUCUAUCCCCGUGGGAAACAGAGAAGCGGGCUUUUCAACCUGUAA